AUGUCGACUCCUCCGCCAACCGCCGCCGCCGGCGCCACAGCCCAGAUCUCGCCCUCCGACGACGACCUCCGCGCCGCGAUAAUCAAAACCAAAACCGCGAACCCGUCUCUGGGAAUAUCCAAAAUCCGCGCCGCGGUCCUGUCCGAGAAUGCGAACUGGCAGCUGAGCGAGAACCGGGUGAAGAAGAUCUGCCAGGCCGAGGGCCUCAUCAACGCCGCGCCGCCCCCGAACGCCGCAAAGGAGAGCAGCAGCAAUGGUCCGCCCAAGAAGGAGAAGGCCGUGUACCCGGCGUCGAGGGUGAUUGAGGAUCUCGAUAUCGAGCGGUGGACGGGGCGCGUGCAGGUGAAGUACAUCGAUAAACGGAAGGGCAAGGGUCUGUUCGCGAAGGAAAGGAUUGCGGAGGGGGAGGUCAUAUGGAAAGAGGACCCAUUCAUCAUCUCGCCGGAAUGGGAGCUGUACGACCUACAGCAGAACGGACGCGCGUGCACACACUGCACGACGCCGCUCACCGACUCCUCUCUCACGGUCCACUGCUCCGCCUCAUCCUCCACCUCCUACUGCCCCGCGCGCUUCUGCAACCGCCUCUGCCACACCCGCGCCCAACGCGUGCACCCGCUACUCUGUCCCGCUCAGAACCCCGCCUCUGUCCCGUUGCUCAAGUUCGCCAGAACAAGCGCAUGGCUGGGGCUCGCUGCGUUAAGCCAGUGCACAGCGAGGCUGUUAUUGGACCAUGCGAUGCAAGGGGAGGACGCGAAGACGUUCGAGGACGAGUGGAAGGUCGUCAAUGCGCUCGCCACGUUAGGGAUGGAGGAACGGCACAAGAACGGAUGGCUGGGCGGCUCGGAGCCUGAUCGCGUCGUAUGGAAGAAGGCGUACAAGCUGUACCUCCAGGCCUUCGACGCGCCCACGACCGCGUCCGACCAAAAGAAACUCGCGCGCCUACUCAAGAACCGCUUGCCCGAGCACCUACACAACCAACUAUUCACAUACGACGGCUUCCUGCAAGGUCUCGGGCGCAUGAGUCUAAAUCUCGAAGCCCACGGCGGCCUGUACACCCUCCACUCACACAUGAACCACGACUGCGAUCCAAACGCCUCAGUGCGGCACCUCGACCAGCGCUCCGCUCUCUCUCGCAUAACCGUUCUCGCAAAACGCGACAUCGAGCCCGGCGAGGAGCUCUUCAUAUCGUACGUCGACCCGAGCCUGGGCGUUCGAAGGCGCAGGGAAGAGGUCAAUGCGUGGAAUUUUGGGACGUGUAGGUGUAAGAGAUGUACGAAGGAGGAGAAGGAGGGCGGGAUGAAGGACGAAGUUGGUGCGGAGAAGACGAAGGAGAAGAGUUUGGAUGAUCUGGAGAAGGAGUUGAAGGCGGGUUUGGGCGUGAUGUAA